GCCGAGCGGCUGCCGCGAUGGAGCAGCUAUCAGAUGAAGAAAUUGACCAUGGUGCUGAAGAAGACAGUGACAAGGAAGAUCAGGACCUGGACAAAAUGUUUGGAGCUUGGCUUGGGGAACUAGACAAACUCACUCAGAGUUUGGAUUCUGACAAGCCCACAGAACCAGUAAAAAGAUCUCCUCUUCGCCAGGAAACAAACAUGGCCAAUUUUUCAUAUCGCUUCUCCAUAUACAACUUGAAUGAAGCUCUGAAUCAGGGAGAGACUGUGGAUCUGGAUGCCCUGAUGGCUGAUCUUUGCUCUAUAGAACAGGAGCUCAGCAGUAUUGGUUCAGGAAAUAGUAAGCAUCAAAUCACAGAAAUGAAAGCUACUCAGAAAUUAUCUACUGGCCGGCAUACAUCAAAACAUGGCACCUUGAAAGGAUUAUCCUCUUCAUCUAAUAGGAUAACUAAACCUUCCCAUGCCAACUACUCCCUGGACGACAUCACUGCACAAUUAGAACAGGCCUCCUUGAGCAUGGAUGAGGCUGCUCAGCAGUCUGUACUAGAAGAUACUAAGCCCUUAGUAACUAAUCAGCACAGAAGAACCGCAUCAGCAGGCACAGUGAGUGAUGCUGAAGUGCGCUCUAUUAGUAACUCCUCUCGUUCUAGCAUCACUUCUGCAGCCUCCAGCAUGGACUCUUUGGAUAUUGAUAAAGUAACACGCCCUCAAGAACUGGAUUUGACACAUCAGGGGCAGCCAAUUACUGAGGAAGAACAGGCAGCAAAAUUGAAAGCUGAGAAGAUUAGAGUUGCCCUAGAGAAAAUUAAAGAGGCACAAGUGAAAAAGUUGGUGAUUAGAGUUCACAUGUCUGACGACAGUUCUAAAACAAUGAUGGUGGAUGAGAGGCAGACAGUGAGACAAGUGCUGGAUAACCUGAUGGACAAAUCCCACUGCGGUUAUAGUUUAGACUGGUCACUGGUGGAAACCAUUUCUGAGUUACAAAUGGAGAGAAUCUUUGAAGACCAUGAAAAUUUGGUUGAAAAUCUCCUUAAUUGGACAAGAGAUAGCCAAAACAAGCUUGUAUUUAUGGAACGUAUUGAAAAAUAUGCACUUUUCAAAAACCCACAGAAUUAUCUUCUGGGGAAAAAGGAAACAGCUGAGAUGGCAGAUAGAAACAAAGAAGUGCUGUUGGAGGAAUGUUUUUGUGGAAGUUCUGUGACUGUACCAGAAAUUGAAGGAGUCCUUUGGUUGAAAGAUGACGGCAAGAAGUCCUGGAAAAAACGUUAUUUUCUCUUGCGAGCAUCUGGUAUCUACUAUGUCCCUAAAGGAAAAGCUAAGGUCUCUCGAGAUCUGGUGUGCUUUCUCCAGCUGGAUCAUGUCAAUGUUUAUUAUGGCCAGGACUAUCGGAACAAAUACAAAGCACCUACAGAUUAUUGUCUGGUGCUAAAGCACCCGCAAAUCCAGAAGAAAUCUCAAUACAUCAAAUACCUUUGUUGUGAUGAUGUAAGGACCCUGCAUCAGUGGGUCAACGGGAUCCGCAUUGCCAAGUAUGGGAAGCAGCUCUACAUGAACUAUCAAGAAGCCUUGAAGAGGACAGAGUCAGUUUAUGACUGGACUUCCUUAUCCAGCUCCAGCAUUAAGUCAGGAUCCAGUUCUUCCAGCAUCCCAGAGUCUCAGUCAAAUCACUCUAAUCAGUCUGAUAGUGGAGUUUCUGACACCCAGUCAGCAGGACACAUCCGUUCCCAGAGCAUCGUGAGCUCCAUCUUCUCCGAAGCCUGGAAACGAGGCACUCAGUUGGAAGAGUCCAGCAAGGCCAGAACGGACUCUCUGAAUCGGCCCUACACUUCCCUUAUGCCUCCUUUAUCCCCACAACCUAAGAUAGUCACCCCCUACUCUGCUUCACAGCCUUCUCCCCCUCUACCUCCCCCUCCCCCUCCGCCACCUCCUCCUCCACCUCCUCCUCCUCCACCUCCUCCCCCUCUCCCCAGCCAGUCUGCACCUUCUGCAGGCUCAGCAGCCACAAUGUUCGUCAAGUAUAGCACAAUAACAAGGCUGCAGAAUGCUUCUCAGCAUUCAGGGCCCCUCUUUAAGCCACCACCCCCCCCAGUGAUGCAGCCUCUGCCCUCAGCCUCCCCAUCAGGAAAGCCUCAGAUACUGGUGCCCCCCAGUGGAGUCGUUCCCCCACCCCCUCCCCCACCCCCACCCCCCACCCCCGGCUCAGCCAUGGCCCAGCUAAAGCCAGCACCAUGUGCCCCGUCCCUUCCACAGUUCAGCCCCCCACCCCCUCCACUGAAGAUUCAUCAAGUUCAGCAUGUUACUCAGGCGGCCCCUCCAGCACCACCACCACCUCCUGCCACACCGGCACCCCUCCCUCCCCAAGCCCCACCCAAACCCCUCGUGACCAUUCCCCCACCAGCCAGCACCAAGACUGUGUCACCCAUUGUAACACAAGCCACACCAACAACUCCUCCAGUCCCCCCAGCAAAAAAGCAGGUAGCCUUCCCUGUUUCUCACAUUCCACCCUCUCCCCCAGGGUCAGUGCCCCCACCGACAUUACCCAAGCAACAGAGCUUCUGUGUAAAACCCCCUCCUUCCCCACUGUCUCCAGUGCCCUCAGUCGUGAAGCAGAUAGCCAGCCAGUUCCCCCCACCUCCAAUCCCUCCUUCCAUGGACUCUCAGCCCUUGAAGCUGGUCCCAGCAAAUGUAGCUCCUCAGUCCCCUCCUGCUGUGAAAGCAAAGCCCAAGUGGCAGCCCAGCUCCAUCCCUGUCCCUUCUCCAGAUUUCCCUCCUCCUCCUCCUGAAAGCAGCCUGGUGUUUCCUCCACCACCACCACCAGCCCCAGCCCCACCACCAUCAGAGCCACUCAUGGCUUCUCCUACCCCUGACAAAAGUGGAUCUCCAGGCAAAAAGACCAGUAAAACAUCCAGCCCUGGGGGAAAGAAACCACCCCCAACCCCACAGCGCAACUCCAGCAUUAAAUCCAGUGGUUGUGCGGAACACCCCGAGCCCAAGAGACCCUCGGUAGACAGUCUAGUCAGCAAGUUUGCACCACCAGCAGAGUCCGGCUCUCCCAGCAAGGACACCCUGCCCCCUCCUGCAGCACCCCCCAAACCUGGAAAACUAAAUCUUUCUGGAGUUAACCUUCCCGGAGUUCUCCAACAAGGAUGUGUGCCAGCAAAAGCCUCUGUUCUGAGUGGGCGUGGAAAGGACUCCAUAGUGGAAUUUCCUUCUCCUCCAUCGGAUUCUGACUUUCCACCCCCUCCACCUGAAAUAGAGCUUCCUCUGCCCCCCAUAGAGAUUCCAGCAGUGUUCUCGGGAAACACCUCUCCAAAAGUGGCAGUUGUGAAUCCUCAACCACAGCCAUGGCCUAAAACGUCAGUGAGGAAGGCCCCUCCACCCACAAGACCCAAACGGAAUGACAACACCCGCCUCACUCAAGCAGAGAUCUCUGAGCAGCCAGCAAUGGCCACAGUUGUGCCACAAGUGCCCACCUCUCCCAAAUCCAGCCUUAGCGUCCAGCCUGGAUUCUUGGCUGACCUCAAUAGGACACUGCAACGGAAGUCCAUCACCCGGCACAGCUCACUGUCUUCCUCUCGCAUGUCCAGAGCGGAGCCCACAGCCACUAUGGAUGAUAUGGCAUUGCCCCCGCCACCUCCUGAACUGCUGUCUGAUCAACAGAAGGCUGGUUAUGGAGGCACUCACAUAUCAGGCUAUGCAACACUGCGGAGAGGACCCCCUCCUGCUCCCCCCAAAAGAGACCAGAACACCAAGCUCUCCAGAGACUGGUAGCUACCACAGGACUUUUAUUUUCAUGGUAUCUGUAAUCAGUUCUACAAUCAGCUCACCUGAGCAUCUGUGAACUCGGGUGUUCAGAGCCUCCUGGUAUGAUGUUAUUCAGGUCAUGUCCAACUAUUAUGUAUGUAUGUGUGUGCAUGUGCUUGUGCACACAUAGCUAUACGUUUUGUGUAUAUGUAUGCAUAUAUGUACGUGUAUGUGUAUAUAGAGAGCUGAGAGUGCUUCUAUUUAUUCCUUUUCUCUCCUAAUCUGAAAAUGGGAUUUGUGUAUUUUGAGUGGAAGAGGCAUGGAAGGGGGGUGUGUGUUCUGUCCCUUAUUUCUUUUAUCUAUCAUGUGGAUUGGACCAAAAGCUUCUAAUUACUUAUCUAGAAGGUAUUUUAUCAGUGUCUGUCCAUGUGCAGCCUUUUUGUGCAUGUUGCGUAAAAUGUAAUUAAGGAGUAGAUGUAUGUGCUGUUUCUCAGUUUGAGAAAACCACCAGAAUGUUAGAGUAUCUCUAGGGCUUUUGUGUUUCUUUUUCGCCCCUGUUGGCUGAAGUUAGAACUGCUUGACUGACACUUCAUUACUAUACAUAAAAGGGCACUUUAAAUCAGAAAAAUCUCUCAGCUUCAUAGAAUGGGUCUGUGUGUGGUUGUGCAUGGAAAGUAAAUACAUGGUGUAUUUAAACCAUUCUAGUUGCAGUACUACUGCAAUGAUCCUACCACAUCCAGGGUGUGUUUUCUCACAGGUGAGCUCUUUGCCUACAAUACAUGGAUAAUUUAGUGCUAUAAUCUUGGAUAGUUCCUUUUUAGUACUAGCUUCAUUAUCCUUGCUUUGAUUUGUUGUAAGAGAACGUCCAACACAAUAUCCCUGUAAUGCUCUGCCCCAGUAUGUCUUUGGGUCACCAGUUACCUUCUUAUAGCGUGGUUUACGUAGAUAUUGAUAUUAGAUAUCUGUAGGCAAUUGGUAUAUGAAAUAUACACAUCCUUGUGCCCAAUAUGGUGCACCAUUACGAAAAACAAGAUCACCUUCUGAAAUGCCUGUCUUGUUUAUUGCUCUCUAGAAGGAGGCAUGAUGAGAAAAGAACUGGCCCCUGUGCAAGUGUCAUUAAUCAGGUUGUAUGUGGGUUAUAAUAUGUAAUACAAAGAAUUCAUUAAAUAUAGGACUAUCAUGGAGGGAAAGAAAAUAAAUGAAAUUUUUGACAGUUCAUCUAUGGCUACUGGAACCGCCAGGACCCUUGCUGGUUGUGGAGAUUUGUCCAGGUUACCAGGUGUUCUGAUGGAGUAGUGUAGUCCAAGUACAGUAAGUGACAUCACACUUUACACAUUAUGCAUGUGCAAUUUGGUAUAACAUGAAAUCAUUGCUCUAAUGACCCACCGUACUGUUAUAUGCUUCACAUUAUACUUCUAUAUGCUUUUUUUUUUCUGUGCAUUUUCCUUGGUACAUCUGAGAAAUGUGUUCUGUCUCAUCAAUUUAUGAUGAUAAAUUGACUGUUAGGAAUAAAAUGCAAUCUUAGAGCUACUCUUAACAAGAGAAUAAAAACUGGCCAUCCCAGCAAUUAUAAAUGAGCACAUCUUGUAAUGAAAGUCUAUGCUUGCUGUGAAUAAGAAUUACCAAUGCAAACUGCAGAAAUCUUUUGACAGUGUCCCACAAGGAAAAAGUGAUGCCAGUAAAGCAGGGCAGAGAUGAUAUAAUUCAGGAAUAAACAAAAGUUGUACUGUGUACACAAGGUAUCACUAUAACUCACUCUCCAAGAAAGAACUGCAGCUUAAAGAGAGGAUAAGCGGCACCUCUCCAUUGCCACAUCUCCAGGAUUUAGUUCAGUGUAUUCAUGUGGUGAUGGGACAGUAAGAAUACAUAUACCACCGUGCAGUUUUUAAAAGCCCUGCUUCUUUAAAAGAUAUUUUUUGAUUUUUCAGAUUGUUGACAAGGUUUUGUGUGCUUGAUAUGCUUAUGAAGUAACCUUGAACACAUUUGCAUUGUUAAUUUCAGCGUGCACAGCAAUACGGGUAGUUGGAGUACAGGUUGCCAAGCUCCACUGUGAUUUGUGAGUGAAUUAAUUUCCCAUGGUCUUCUGCCUGCAGCUUUAUAUUCUAAGGAUCACCCAUAACUUGUGGGAUUAAGAGUAAUUAAGAAUAUGAAUCCACUUAUCUAACUAUUCAUACCUAGGGAUUGAGUUUUGUGUUUUGUUGUUUUUUCUAUAAAGGUGGACAACUUCAACUUUACUUGAGGGUAGAAAAAUAAUGUGCCCCCAGUCUUCUUUCACCCAUGAUUUGAGCCAUUCUUGAGAUUUCUUGCUUGUGUCAGUCCUGAUAGCCAUCCUGAACAGGUGUGUCUGGUGUAUUUUCCUGGAAGAGCCAACAAAUGUCCUUUUGAAUGCUAGUGAUGCCAAGAAGAGAGCAGGGCGAGAGGAGGGACUACGUCGUUUUUACCUCCAGUCCAAUGGCCUGACAAAAGGCUGUUUCCCUUUACAUUUCUCCAAAGACAGAAAUGGCUACUAAGCAAAAAGAAAUUUUUUUAAUUUUGUUUUUUCUUAAUCAAAAUAACCCAAACUGAUACUUUCUAGUGUUUUUGUUCCCUAGGGCUUCUUUUCUUUAAUUUGGAUUUUUGUUGGGAUGUAGUCUUUUCCUGAGACUACUCUGUUUUUGUGUAUCUUUUUUCUCUGGAAAACACCUACUGCCACAUGACACUAGGACUGUGCCUUCUUUCACUGCCUUCUGCUCUGCAGCUCUAACUCAGCAUGACUUGUUCAAAAGAAAUCUAUACAGUUGCCUGGGCUAUACGGAAAAGUGAGCAGCAUGGAUGAACUCAUCCUGCUACUGAGGGCAGUGCAAACAGGUGCCUAUUAGAGCUAGUGACUUGCUUAUUAAUUAGAGACACCUUAACUUUUACUAUAGAUCAAUUCAAAACUAGGUGACUGUAUACUUAAAGUUUUGGCACCAACUCUGCAAGGCAGCAGAACCUAUUGGUUAACGAAACCACUUACUUCAGGUUCACAGGGAAUAUAAAAGACUAUUCUGGAUUGAAUUUUACCAGCUUGUCUUUUACUACUCAAACAAAUUUAAACACCCCUUUUUUCCUUAGCUACUGUAAUUCUCACUUGGAAGAUAGUUAAGAUAACCCACUUAACUAUAAAUCGGCUUUUUACAACUUUGGGGCUUUUUAAAAUGAAAAACAUUGCUGGCUAGCAGGUGCUCAUGCCCACUGAUGGCAUAUUCUGCAAAGGGCUAUGAACUAUCUUCGGUCCCCUCUCUGUAUGUUUACUUGUCACUGAAAACAAUGCUAAGUUUAUAGAGCUAUAAAGUUAAAAUUGAGGUUUAUGAGAUCAAGGUUAAUAGGAGCUAUGCAUCUAAUUCAAGUUUCAGAAGCUGCUACUGUGGGAGAAUACAACUGCUAAUGAGCUUGUGUCAGGAUGUAAAGUUAUAAAUUAGCCUCAAAAAUAUUUCAGGAAAUGGUGUGGAUUGGUUUGAUUUGACUGUCAGGCCACCAACAGAACCCUUAGUCAACUUUAUUCCUCAGCUAAAAGCAAUUUUAUGUUAUAAACACAAAGGUGAUUUUAAACAAGUAAAAAACUCAUUUCUAUUUUUAUACAUUACCACAUUUUUCAUAUACCUCCAAAACUGACAAAUUAUAACUGAUAUAAUCUGAGAUUUUAUUCAAGUUUAUGCCAAUUAAACCCAUAUAACCCUGUAAUGAUUGUAAGCGUGGUAACUUGCUUUUAAUAAAAUAGGUAUAAUAAUUUGGGUUUAUAUACUUGAUGAGAAAAUGACUAUUUCUUAAAAAAAAAAAUCCCUUUAAAGUACACUUUGAUUUUUGUUUUAUACACUUUACAUUAUUUGUAUAAAAGCAGAAUAUCUGUAACUCUGUAGGAAUGUAUGACCUCUCACAAAGUUGAGAUGUGAUCCAAAGAACUGCAAGCAGAACAGAAUAUCCCACUACUUUUUAAAUUUUUCCUUUUAAAAUUCAAUGAGAACAUUUCUACACCUUUAGCAGUCUAUCUCUCAAACAAAACAAAUGCUUAGUUCUUGUGCCCUUGGGAAGUCUAUAUGUAAAAGAAAUAUGAAAUUUUGCUGUAGAAUAAACCUGCUAAAAGUAAAACAACAUACUUGAUAAACAGUUGAAGAGAAAAAA